AUGCUCUUCCCAACCCCGUUUGCCCUGAUGGGCCUUGUCUCGCUUCUCGCCUCGCCGGCGCAGGCAGCCCAGCUCACAAAGGUCAACUACCCCAACAACGCCACUUCCAAGGCCGAGAUGUAUAUCUACGUGCCGGACAAGGUCGUGGCCAACCCGCCGCUCGUCGUCGUCAUCCACUCGUGCCAGUCGACGGUGCAAUCGUACUUCCAGAAUAACAAGAUCCCCUGGAAGCAAGGGUCCGACAGGAAGGGCUACAUCACGGUGUGGCCGAGCAGCCCGCACAGCGGCACCUGUUGGGAUGUCUCAAGCAGGUCCUCGCUGAGCCACCUCGGCGGCGGCGACUCGCAGGCCAUCGCCAAUAUGAUCCUCUACGCCAUCGACAAGUAUAAGGUCGACGCGGCCAAGGUCUAUGUCACGGGCGGGAGCUCCGGUGCCAUGAUGUCCAACGUCAUGGCCGCCACCUACCCGGAGCUCAUCUCCGCCGUGUCGCUGUACUCGGGCGUGCCGGCCGGCUGCUUCGUCUCGGCCUCGGGCGGCGUCGACCAGUGGAACAACUCGUGCAGCGGCGGCCAGUCGCGCGCGUCUCCCGAGCAGUGGGGCAACGUCGUGCGCGGCAUGUACCCGGGCUACGACGGCCCGCGGCCCCGGAUGCAGAUCUGGCACGGGUCGGCCGACUCGACGCUGGCGCCACAGAACUACCAGGAGACGAUCAAGCAGUGGACCAACGUCUUUGGCGUGCCGCAGACGCCGACGUCGACCAAGGCCAACACGCCGCAGGCCAACUACCGGACCGACGACUACGGCGACCACGUCGAGGGCAUCUACGCCCAGGGGGUUGGCCACUCUGUGCCUGCCAACCUGACCGCCAGCGAGAUUUGGUUUGGUUUGUGA